GUCAGUCCGAAGCACGUGUUGAGUAAAGACCAAGUUGAGACGUAUCACGAUGCGGGGGCUGUGCUAUCGCAGAGGAGGAAUUACAAGAUAAAAGUCCAAUAAUUCCUGAGACUUGAACUUCCAAUUCAUUUCAAUCGUCUUUCUUGCAUCGUCAAAAUGGGAGACAGCAUUCAGCAAGAGCCCAAGGGCAUGCCUCUUCAAGAGGAUCCCUCUCGACCGGACUAUAUCAACGAAGCUGUCUUUAGGAGAAACACUCUCCCCACUCGUUCAUAUCAUAUUCCUGAUACUUCAAUCUCACUGAACGGAACAUGGGACUUUUCUCUCGCUGGCACAGUUCUCGAAGCACCCGAGCCAAGCGCAAAAGAUGUCGCUUUUGGUCAGAUCCAAGUCCCGGGCCAUUGGCAGCUUCAAGGCCACGGAAAGCCCUGGUACACUAAUGUUCAGUAUCCUAUUCCCGUCUGUCCGCCAUAUGUUCCUACAGAAAACCCUACAGGAACUUAUCGUCGAGAAUUCCACGUCCCGACGGGUUGGGCUGCGGAUUCUCAGCUGAGAUUGCGCUUUGAUGGCGUUGAUAGCGCGUAUCAUAUUUGGGUCAACGGCACCCUGGUCGGAUAUGCCCAAGGCUCAAGAAAUCCUUCCGAGUUCGACAUUUCAUCGUUUGUCAACCGCAAGGGCGCGAAUGAGCUCUUUGUGAGGGUUUACCAGUGGUCUGAUGCGACGUACAUCGAAGAUCAGGAUCAAUGGUGGCUUUCAGGCAUCUUCCGAGAUGUGUAUCUCAUUUCCUUCCCAGCUGCCAGAAUUGAAGAUUUCUUCCUCACGCCACUUCUUGACGAUGACUAUAAGAAUGCUCGCCUAAACGCAUCUGUUGAUGUCUUUGCUCAAAAGGGCGUCGUUGUCGAGCUCACGGUCUCUGAGCUUGCAAAGAAUGGCGGAGCUGUUAUUGGCUCCACCGAGACCUCUUUCGAUGGACAGUCAAAGGCUAGUCUCAGUCUUUAUGUAGAGGACCCAAAGAAGUGGACAGCAGAGACACCAUAUUUAUAUUCAGCAGAGAUAACACUCAAGUCUGAAGACAAGCAGACUGUCCUUCACAAAGUCCAGCAACGCGUUGGUUUCAGAACGGUUGAGCUGAAGGAUGGCCUAAUGAAGGUCAAUGGCAAACGCAUUCGCCUCAGAGGUGUCAACCGUCACGAACAUCACCCUCUUCUCGGCCGCUCUGUACCUCUGGAAUUUGCCAAGCGUGAUCUUCUCAUCAUGAAGAAGCACAACAUAAAUGCCCUUCGUUGCGCCCACCAACCUCACGACCCCCGUGUUCUUGACCUCUGCGACGAGUACGGCCUCUGGGUCAUGGCGGAGGCCGAUCUUGAGUGCCACGGCUUCUAUGAUGCUGUUGCUCGACCUCUCGACAUCCCCGAGUCGAUGGACUACGGCGAGCGAAAGAAGCUUGCCUUCGGAAAGGCUGCUGAGUUCACUUCCAAUAACCCCAAGUGGAAGGACGCUUAUCUUGACCGCAUCCGGGCUGUUCUUAACCGUGAUAAGAAUCACGCCAGUGUUAUCAUGUGGAGUUUCGGUAACGAAGCCUUCUAUGGUGAUAACCACAGAGAGAUGUUCAAGUAUGCUACGGAAGCUGAUCCCUCGAGGUUGAUUCACUAUGAGGGAGAUAUGGAGGCCGAGACAACACAUAUGUAUAGUUAUAUGUAUCCCACGGUUGAACGCUUAAUCAAGUACGCUGCAGAGGAGGGGGUCAAGGACGGCAAGUACGAAAAGCCUAUUGUACUCUGUGAGUAUGGACAUGCAAUGGGUAACGGACCCGGUUGGUUGGAAGACUAUGAGCAGGCCUUCCGUGACUAUCCUCGUCUCCAAGGUGGCUUCAUCUGGGAAUGGGCUAACCACGGUCUGUGGAAGGAUGAUCACGAGGGAGCAGGAUAUUACGCUUACGGCGGCGACUUUGGUGAUGCACCCAACGAUGGAACGUUUGUCAUGGAUGGCCUUCUCAACAGUCAGCAUGAGCCUACUCCUGGUCUGACGGAGUUCAAGAAGGUUAUCCAACCUGUUGGUUUUUCUUUCAAGGAUGGCGAGUUGAAGAUUGAGAACUGGCAUGAUUUUGCCGGCUUAGAUCACUUGACUGCGUCUUACAAGGUGGAGCAGUUUGGUCAAGAGUCUACCUUGAUUCACUCCAGGUCAUUCGAGAUUCCCGAGAUCCCAGCUGGCGAGACACGUUCCGUACCUCUUCCAGUCGACGCCAAGCGAUACAACAAGGGCAGCGAGGUUUAUCUGACAGUGACGCUAUCCCUCAAGCACUCCACAGCUUGGGCACCUGCCGGUCACGAGAUUGCUUGGUAUCAGCAGCAGCUCCAGGCUCCUCAAAGUGAUGCGAAUUCUGCUCCUGUCGCAAGCAAUACCCUCACUUCCAAGCUGUCCGUUUCUGAGAAGGGUGCUACUGUGUCAGUGUCUGGCAAGAACUUCGAGUUCGUCUUUGAUAGAGCUUACGGCUCUUUGAAGAACUGGGUCUCGAAUAACGUUGCGCUACUCACCUUCGACCCUAAGACCCAAGCUGCCAUCAUCCCGUCUUUUUGGCGCCCCAAGACCGACAACGACGUCCCUGGAGCCGUACCAUACUGGGAGCGAUUUGGUGUUGAACAACUCCAAUCUCAACUUCGAUCUUUCUCAGUCGACUCAUCGAACUCCGAUAAGGUUGUUCUCAAGUCACAUACCUUCAUCACUCCUCCAGUUCUGUUCUGGGGAUGGGACUGCGAGAUUGAGUAUACAGUCUAUCUCACAGGAGCUCUCAGUGUUAACGUCACGCGUCUAUCACCUACGGGCUCUUUCCCCGAGCACGUUCCCAGAAUUGGCCUCAAUCUGUACGGCAGCAAGACCCUAGAGCACGUCAAGUGGCUAGGCCGUGGACCUGGAGAAAGCUAUCCCGACAAGAAGGAUUCUCAACGUGUUGGAAUCUGGAAUGUCGAGUCUAUUUCUGAACUUCAGACUCCUUACGAUGUUCCUCAGGAGAACGGUAACAGAGAGGACACACGAUGGGUAUCACUUCGGGACUCUAAGUCUCCUGGCAUCGGACUCCGUGCGACACGUUUGGAUGGAAAGAACUUUAGUUUCUUGGCCUCGCAUCAUAGGGAUACAACUAUUCAUGAAGCUAGACAUCCUCCUGAUUUGAAAGAGGAUGAUGCGGUCUUUAUUAGGCUGGAUAGUAAGGUUGCUGGUGUUGGUUCAGGUGCUUGUGGACCUGCUGUUCGUGAAGAUCUUAUGGUUAAGACUGAGGAGACGACUUUUGGAUUCUUGUUGGAGCCUCUAUGAACUAUAUUGAUAGAUAUGAUGAGUAAAUGAUAAGGUACAGAAGUUCGAG